AUGCCCAAGCAAUCGGUAAAGCACCGAGUUCUGACAGUGAAGGAGAAGCUCGAGCUUAUUCAAGCGAUUGAACGAGGAGUCAAGAAGGCAGCACUAGCUCGUGAGAAAGGAUUGCCCCUGACCACUGUCUGCACGAUCUGGAACUCCAGGGAGAAACUGUGGAACUCCGACGCAGCAGCCAACCUGAAGAGCAACGGAUGGCUUGCAAGGUUCAAGGCGCGCUACAACAUUGUUUCGAAAGUGGUGUCCGGCGAAAGCGCGGAGGCCAACAAAGACGGCGCAGAAGCGUGGGAAAACGGACAGCUUCGCCAAAUCCUGCAAGACUACGAUCCUGAGGACAUUUUUAACAUGGACGAGUCGGCAUUAUUCUUCAAGUUGCUGCCUAACAGGACCCUAGCCUUCAGUGGUGAGACUUGUUCUGGUGGGAAGCACUCAAAAGAUAGGAUUUCCGUCGCGUUUGCCGUCAACAUGACUGGGAAUGAAAAACUCCCGCUACUGGUUAUUGGAAAAGCGGCGAAGCCGCGAUGCUUCAAGGGAGGAAGACUUCCGUCCAACGUUCUCUACCGCAACAACGGGAAGGCCUGGAUGACUGCUGUUCUGUUCGAGGAGUACGUCCGUCUGCUGGACCGUCGUUUUGCCGCAAAGAACAGAAGAGUGGUUGUCGUGCUGGACAAUGCAUCUUCGCACGUCGAUGUGGCCAACCUCACCGCGAUCAAGGGAGUUGGAGACCGUUUCAGAGUUGCCAAGUCAACAGUGCUUCACUGCGUACGCAGAGUAGGGGAGGCGCUGCUGAGUCUGGCAUCUCGUUUCGUCACCUGGCCCAACUGUCACGAGGCGUGGUCCAUCAUAGAUGGCUUUCAGAGGAAAUCCGAAUUUCCAGGCAUUCUGGGGGCAAUCGAUGGAUCUCACAUAGCAAUCACUGCACCAACAGAGCAUGCCGCUUCCUACAUCAACAGAAAGGGGUUGUAUUCUGUGGAGCUAUAG